AUGCCGUCCAAAUCGUAUUUACUUUUGAGCUUGGCUGGCCAUGCUAUGACAGCAUGGGCGACCUGUGCGCCUGGAUACUUCAUGCCCAUUCUUUCAAACUUCCAACUCCAGCUACCGUACAGCUCUGGCGGUAGUGGUCCUCUCUUUGUGCCUGGCUCACAGCUCAGUGGUUGUGACGGCUUCCAGAAUCCUUCCUGGUUCUACUGGAACGAGACCACCAGUCAUCUCGUCAUGAAUGCGCCCCCCAGUUCUUCCAACUGCCCCAAAACAUCCAACAGUCAACAUUGUCGCACGGAACUACGCGAGCAAAAUCCAUCGAGUUGGUCGGCAAGUGAUACCAAUGUAAUGACGGUGGAGUUGACUGUCCCUAAAGCCGACGAUGGACGUUAUGGGACAGUCAUUGGACAAGUGUUCUCAGCUGAAUGGUCGAAGCCCGUUGCCGAACUGUACUAUUCACCAUCGGGCGAACUCAACAUGGGCGUAGAGCAGUCUAAAAAUGGCGGAAACUCGAUAUUUACCUCGGUCGGAAAUGUUCCCGAAGGAACAAAGUUUACUUAUGAGUUGAGCUACUCGAACGAUGUCUUGUCAUUUUCAUUGAAUGGCGGUGCCAAACAGACCUUUGAUACCAGCCAGCUUGGUUACCCUGACAGCUAUUUCAAGGUUGGCGAUUAUAACCAGGGCACUGAUGUUUACAGCAAGGUUAACAUCUACUCCAUUUCUAUCGUGCAUGAUCCUAGACAACAUGCAGCAGUAACUUAG